GGCGUCGGGGCUGCUUGGGAUGCACAGAAGAGUGAGGCAGGAUGGAUGUGUACGACCCUCAGACACUGGGUGUUAUGGUCUUUGGAGGCUUCAUGGUGAUCUCAGCUAUCGGCAUCUUCCUGGUGUCCACCUUCUCCAUGAAGGAGACAUCCUAUGAGGAAGCCUUGGCCAAGCAACGCAAGGAACUUGAGAAGACCCAGCAGCAGAAAUUAGAGAAAAAGAAGAAAGAGAAACUGAUUGAGAAAAAAGGAAAAGCAAAGAAAAAGGAAGAGAAACCAAAUGGAAAGAUCCCAGAGCAGCAGCUUACUCAGGAAGUGAUGGACCCUCCCAAGGAGGUGGUUCUUGAGGCUGCUGUGGUGCCUGAGCCUGUAACAGUCGAAACUCCAAUUGCAGCAAUGGCAGUUAUCCCCCAGGAAAAGGAGAAGCCUGUUCCAUCACCCAAGGAGAAGAGGAAGAAGGAGAAGAAGGUGGCCAAGGUAGAGCCUGCUCCUAGCCCGGUGUUGGCUCCACGCCCCGUCAGCAUCCCCAAAAGCUCUCCUGUCCAGGAGGUGGCCCCUAAGGAGGUGCCUGUUGUGGCAGUGCCCCCAGUUGGCACUCAGCAAAGUGCUCCAGUCAUCAGCUCUGUUGCUGUCAGGAAAACCGAGGCUCUUCCUGCCCAGGAGGAUAAGAAACAUGAUGGACCUGCCAAGAAAAAGGCUUCAUCCAAGAAAAAGAGUGAGCCAGCACCUACGGAUUCAGAUGGGGCCCUGUACCUGCCCUACAAGACACUUGUGUCCACAGUCAGCAGCAUGGUGUUCAGUGAGGGGGAGGCCCAGCAGCUCAUCGAGAUCCUGACAGAGAAAGCAGGAAUCAUCCAGGACACCUGGCACAUGGCCACACAGAAGGGUGACCCGGUUGCUGUCCUGAAACGGCAGCUGGAGGAGAAGGAGAAGCAGCUCUCUGCUGAGCAGGAGGAUUCAGCUGCUGCCAGGAACAAAUUGCGGGAGCUGAGCAAGGAGCUGGCAGCUGAGCGGGCCAAGGCAGUGGCCAUGGAGGGCAAGCUGAAGGAGCAGCUGCUGGCCCGCGAGCGGGAGAUCGUGGCGGUGCAGGCACGGAUGCAAGCCAGCUACCAGGACCAUGUCAGCGAGACCCAGCAGCUCCAGGGCAAGAUCCGGACCCUCCAGGAGCAACUGGAGAAUGGCCCCAACACGCAGCUGGCUCGCCUGCAGCAGGAGAACUCCAUCCUGAGGGAUGCUCUCAACCAGGCUACCAGCCAGAUGGAAAGCAAGCAAAAUGCUGAGUUGGCCAAGUUGAGGCAGGAGUGCAGCAAGCUGAUGAAAGAGCUGUCUGAGAAGUCGGAGGUGCUGCAGCAAGAAGAGCAGCAGAGGAAGAGCUGGGAGAUGAAAGCAGCGGCCUCGGAGAAGCGAAUUGAGCAGCUGCAGGCUUACCAACGGGAGGCAGAGGCAGUGCUGCAGAAGAGGCUGGAUGAGGUCAGCGACGAACUCCGCAAAACCCAGAGCAGCUACAAGAGCCUGUUGGCAGAUGCAGAAAAGACCAAAGGGCAGCAGCAGAGCAUUGCUGAACUGCAGGCCAAGGUGCUGAGCUCCGAGGCAGAGGUUAAGAGUAAGCUGCUGGAGUUGGAAAAUGUGAAAGGGCAGCUGCAGGAUGCCAGCUCAGAGAACACAAAGCUUUGGGAGAGGAUCAAGUCCAUCGAAGCUCUGCUGGAGGCAGGGCAGAUGCGGGAGGCAGAAAAAGACAGAGACCUGCAGGCAGCCAAUGAAGCAGCAAUGAAGCAGCUGCAGUCAAGACUCCAGGAGAAGACAGACCAGCUCUCAGCCUUGGAAAGGGAGGCCACACAGCUGCGGGAGGCAGUGGAGCAGCAGAAGGUGAAAAACAAUGACCUUCGGGAAAAGAACUGGAAGGCAGUGGAAGCACUGACCGUGGUGGAGAAGGCGUGUGAGGAAAAACUGCUUGCUGCUACAAAAGCAAAGGAAGAGCUGGCCCAACAGCUGGACUCACUCCAGUCACGAACCAGGAAGACGCUGCUCUCCAUCCUCCCAGGAGUAACCAUGUCCUCACUGCAGGAUUAUGACACGUGGCUACAGGAGUUUAAGGAGAAGGCUGUGGGUGUGCUAAAGCAGCAGAUGAUCACAACAGAGCCAGAUUCAGCUCUUAAAUUAAAAGAGGCAGAGGAAGCGCAAAGCACUUUACAAGCAGAAUGUGAGCAGUACAGAACGAUCCUCGCAGAGACAGAAGGGAUGCUGCGAAACCUACAGAAGAGCGUGGAGGAGGAGGAGCAGGUGUGGAAGGCAAAGCUCACAGCGUCUGAAGAGGAGCUCCAAAAGUCACACCUGCAGCUGAAAUCCCUGGAAGGCAUGGUGGAGAAGUUGAAAGCAGAUCUGCAAAGCACAGAUCAGCUAAAGGAAUACACCUCUCUUCUGGAAACACAACUGGAAAAUCACUUGGAGACAGCCAGCUCUGAGCGCCAGAACUACACAAAAGAAGUUGGAGCUUUGAGGCAGCUCUUGUCAGAAUCCCAGGAGCAGCUGGAGGCAGCAAAGACUGAAACACAGAAGCAAAGCAAGGAGCUGGCCCUGGUAAGGCAGCAGCUGAGUGAGGCAGAGAGCCAUGUACAGGAGGGAGAAGUAGUGGGGUUACAAGCUGAGCCAAGUGAGCCUGCACCCCUCAAGUUGAAAACCCAGCUGGAGCAGAACGAAACGCUGGCAGAGAAGGAGCAAAUGCUGCGGCAAAAGCUGGCGCGGGAGCUGGAGGAGGCCCAGAGCUUAGCACGCAGCUUGCAAGCAGAGCUGGAAGAACUGAGACUGGCUGAACAUGCAGCAGCUUCAGACAAGGAGGAGGCCCAGCAUCUCAAGGGGAAAGAGGACAGUUCAAAGGAAGGGACUUCAGUCUGAUGAGUCUUCACCCUGGACCUUACAUGUAACUUACCAAAAUGCCUUACACAUUCCUAAAAAUAAAAAUUUAUGCUAAAUUUACUGUAGAUAAAAGAUACAAGCCAUUAGUGACCCAAACCACAGUUUUGAAACUUAAAACAUUUUUAAAAAACAAACCAAAAAACCAAACAGUAAACACUGCAGUUUGUAAGAAAAUCUUCACACUGUUUUGUACAACUCUUCGUUUCCUGGGAAGCUGCUGUGGCCACACCAGGCACGUGCUGGGGCUUCACCCUCCUCUUCCAGCAGAGCCCACCAAUGUGUGAAAAGGGAAGAUGGUUUGUACAUCAACCAGUGCAAUUAUAAUUAUAUUUUUUUUCCUUUUUUCCUUUUAUUUUCUUUUUUUUUGAGUGAAAGGAGUGUGAAAGUAAGACCCACCAUGGAAGGAUGCCCUCUUGGAUGGGUGGCACUUGGCAUGUGUAUUUCUGGGUGUUGAUGCAAUUAAAAUGAUGUAGUGAAGAGAGCUUAUCCUUGCUUUAUUUUUCUUGGA